AUGGCUGAGUUGCCUCUCCCCCCCGCCGAGAAUCCUGCUGACCUCACUUCCUGUAUUGCUGUGGGUUCAGUGGCGCCCCCGACUGAUUCAGCGCCAACUGAGAACCCUACCGUGGAGAUCAACCCCCCGUGCCGUUUUUUCCUGGAAGGGUGCUGCCGCUUUGGUUCUCGUUGCCACAACCCCCACCCCAGCGACACAGGCAACCCCCAUAAUUUAGAAGACCACAGACUUACCAGCCAGGAUCUUUCCCCGCCUGCCUCCGGGAAAAAACCUCCGAUGAAAACCGCCGAGGACGUUAUCUCUCGUCUUCUCUGGGACACCCAAGUGCCGGCUGAACGCUUCACCAUUGGCUACCUUGAUCGGUUCUUGGGAACCUUAGAAGAGCCUUUCGCUGCUUUCUCCUGGGAGGAUCUGGCUUCAGCCAGGCCUGGGGUGCUGGCUAUCCCCAAACAUAGAAUCCAGUACUUCAAAUAUGGGGAGCGGGUGGUGUGGGACAAAGCCAGCCGCAGGGAUGAUGUCUUUGGGUCCACUGGAGGCGGGAGAACCAUCUUGGAGGUGAUGAAGGAAGAAGCAGCGGCCGCAGAAGCCAAUAGGGAAAAGGCACUCAGUCAUGCUUCAGAAGGAGAGGAAGGAAAGGAAACAGGAGGGAGAACGGGGCAUCCGGGAGAAGUGGAUGAUGGUGAUUCAGCCAGAGACGUGGAAAAGGGCGUGGACGGAGCAGCUAGCGGACAGGCAGCGAUCAGGCAGCUUGGGGAAGCCAUGGAAAACUUGCACUGUAUCGAACAUGCCGUCUCGGAUGGAAGUGCGGUGACCAACGAGGCGGGAGGAAAGGUGGUCGAGUCAGGCGUGGCGGGACAUCGAGUGGAAGAGGCAGCGUCGACCGAGCCGGUUCUCGAUAUGAAACGGGAAGACGAGCCAAUGAUCGGGGAGGAUGAGGACGAUGGGGCUUCUGAAAGUAGUGACGGGAUACACUUUCCCGGUCACAAACAGCGCCCGACGCACUUCAUAGCCAUCCAGGUCACCGGCCCGGAGACUCGGGAGGCCGCGGCCCGUUUCCAGAGGGCCCUCUGCAAGUCCCGCCCGGACUUAGCUCAGUUCUGUGUGCCUUUGGCCACUCUUCACCUCACCUUGUGCCUGCUGCGUUUAGACACCCCCGAAGAGAUCCACGGAGCCAUCGUGGCUCUCCGGGAGCUGCAAGCUGACAACCGCCGACUGCUGCCCCCCGCCUUGCUGCUCUCCUUCCAGGGGGUGGAGACGUUCCAUUCCCGCGUGUUCUACAUGUGCCCGGGGUCCGUGGCCGAGCUGGGAACGCUGGCCCGCGUUUUGGCAGAGGCCUUCCGCAGGCAGGGUUUGACGGUGAUUGACCCUCCCAGCAAAGAUAAGUUUCACUUGACGGUGGUGAAGAUCCCCCCGGGGAAGCUGCGGCCAAAACUGCCGGCAGAUUCAUCGUGGCUCCCCCCGGUCGAAGAUUUAGGGACCCAGGCCGUAGAGGCAAUAGGCUUGUGUGAGGUUGGACGAGGGAGGACGACGGAUGGGUUUUAUGGCACUGUGUUGAAAUUAGAUUUAUACUGA